AUGAACAUAUAUAAGAUAAUUUAUUACUGCAAAUCAUAUACCAUUUUCAGAGUUGCAAAAAUCGUUCUAGAAGUGACAAAUGUUGCAAAUCGUGGAACAUUUGCAUGUCGCACUGUGACGACCAUAGAAAACAGAGAUCGCAAUGCUACUUUUUCCAAAAACAUUCAAAUAUUCCACAAAUUUGGAACAUAUAAAUCUAUGGAUAUAUGGACGGAACAUUCGAAUAUAUGUAUAUAUGGAGGGAAAAUUUGUACAUACAAAUGCGCACCAAAUCAGGAACAUACAAAUCAAUGGUUUAAUGGAUGGAACAUUGUGACACACAGAUAUAUGGCACAAUCACUGGAACAUAUAAAUGUACAACAAAAAGUGACAUUCAAAAAUAUGGUUUCAAAGAUGGAAUAUUUCAAUAAAUAUAUAUAUUUAGUUUCGGAACUUAGAAUUCUAAGUUACCGCCAUCAAAUUGAUGAAUAUAAUCUACUGUUAUGUGUCUUUCCUUAUUCAGAAUUGCGUCAAAUUGAUUAUCUUGAUUGA